AUGAUAUUAGCACGUACAGCAAAUAAUCAUCAUCAUCAAUAUCAUAGUGUUAUAAAUAGAAGAUCAUCUGCAUCAUCAUCAUCAUCAUCAUCAUUACCAACUGGAUUAUCAUCAAAUGGAAUACAAGUAGAUACAGAAAAUUAUAAUAAAGAUUCAAAUGAAAAUUUAGAUUCUGUAUCAUCAUUUAUGAGUGGUGGAACAGAAAAUAAUUUCUGGAAUGAUUUUUCAUUAUUUUAUAAAGUUUAUAGGCAAUGUGCUAAAGAAGAUUUAACAGUUUGUUUAAAAAUCAAAUUAUUAGCUGGUUUAGAGAAAGCAUCACGUAGUAUUAAAGAAUUCAAUUUAAUAAGUGGUAUUAAAUUUAUACGUGAUGAUAAUGUACAAGAGAAUCUUGAAUUACCAAUUUCUGAAAAUGAAAUUAUAUCAAAUUUACCAAGAUCAUUAGAAGCAAAAGAUGAAACCUUAAAUAAUAUGAUCUUAUCAAAAAUACAAUCUUUUAUUAAAAGUCAUACUUUACAGAUAAAAUUCGAUGAUAAUGAUGAAGUUGAAGAACGUUCUUCAGAAGGUAGAAAAAAGAAGAAAGGACAUGGUGCUCUAAUUAUGAUACCAUUAUUAUUAGGUGGAACAUUUGUACCAAUUGCAUAUGGUGCAUUAGCAUUAUUAGCUGGUAAAGCAUUAAUUGUAUCAAAAUUAGCAUUGGUAUUAGCAUCUAUAAUUGGUAUUAAAAAAUUAUUAAGUGGUGGUGGUCAUAAAGAAUCUGAAGUUGUUGUAUCCGGUGGUCAUACUUCAGGUUGGGGUAGAGAUCUUAAUUUACCAUAUAGUGCAUAUGUACCAAAAGAUUCAACUAACUCCUGUUAUCUAGGAAGUAACAUCAAGCCAACAUGCGGUAUUAAUGAAGAUGUACAGAAUAGACUAGAUAAAGCUAGAACAGACUCCGUUCCAUAUGGUACAACUGGCAAAUAA